GAGCUGGCGAAAAAGCCCCGACGGCGCCCCAUAGAAAUGGGCAUGGGAGAGGAAUAUAGGCGCGGAGACAGGCAGCUGAGUGGCUGAGGCGAUAAACGCAGGCAGGUCUUCUUCCGAGCUUGCCAGAAGAUUGCGAACUAGGUACGGGUGGUCUGCAAAGUGACGGCUGGCUGCGGCAAAGGGGUGCGAGGCGCUAGGUGCUCGCCCAGAGCUAGGGUUGGACCGUCUGAGGGCCAGGAAAAGGUUUGAGGCCUGGCUGUGGGAGUACAGCCUGCUCCCUCUGGAACUGGAAAGAAUUGCUCAUCCUACACCAAGCCCUGGGCAGAGGGGCUCAAGCACUGAAAACAUGCCCAUUUUGAAGCAGCUGGUGUCAAACUCUGCAAGCUCCAAACGUCGCUCCCGGGUGGAUCUGACAGCAGAGAUGAUCAGUGCUCCCUUGGGUGAUUUUCGUCAUACCAUGCACGUGGGCCGAGCGGGCGAUGCCUUUGGUGACACCUCAUUCCUGAACAGCAAGGCCGGCGAGGGUGAGCAGGAGGCUGCCGAGGAGACCAGUUCCUCAUCCAAGCCCAGCCUGCUGUCUCGGAAGUUCCGCAGUAGCAAGCGGUCUCAGUCCGUGACGCGUGGCGAACGAUGGGACAUGCUGGGCUCUCUGAGGGACUCUGCUAUUUUUGUGAAGAAUGCCGUUUCCCUUCCUCAGCUCACUGAGAAGGAAGCAGACAAGAGUAGUGGGAAACAGCUGCCCAAGAGCCUUUCCUCCAGCCCGGUCAAGAAAGCACCCGAGGAGAAGAGCCCUGAAGAGAGACACAUGAAUGGUGCUGCUGCAGCCCCCGGCUCUGGACCCCACAGCCCUGGCUUGGAAGAACGGGAUUUUGGUGACAUAACCGACUUGCCUGUAGUUUUGCACAAGAACAGCUAUGGCCUGAAGCAUGCAGAGUCCAUCAUGUCGUUUCAUAUUGACCUUGGGCCUUCUAUGCUGGGUGAUGUCUUGGGCAUAAUGGAUUCGUGGGAACAAGAGGAUUCUGGUUACCAAGGGGCAGAGGAGCCCCAAAGAGAUGCAGGUCCUGUGGAGGCAUCAGCAGCACACUGGCUUAGCCAGGAAAGCAAACUUGCACAGGAUUCCUUGGCCCAUUGUGAUGAAAACAGGGCAGCAACGUACAGUCCUGGCUCCGCCCGCAGCACUACAAGUCGUCUCACGAUGGACAGCAGUUCUGUCUCCAGCUGUGCAUCUGUGGGGGAAGAACAGCGUAGCUUUGCCUCCAAAGGACAAAACCAUGGCAUUCCAGAGGAUAUGAGGCAUGAGGUGUCCUCUAAACAGCCGGAUAAAGAAUUCUCCUUCAUGGAUGAAGAAGAUGAUGAGAUAAGAGUAUAA